AUGUUGUCAGCACCAAUACUUUUGGUAGCGUUCUUAGCUGCUGGAGCUGCCGCAGCUCAGGAACGUAGCGCACAGGUUGAUCUGGGCUAUGAGAUCCAUGAAGGGUAUCUGAAUGAGACAACCGAGAUCUACAAGUUCAGCAACAUCAGGUUCGCGGAACCUCCUGUUGGUGAUCUGAGGUUUGCCGCGCCUGUAUAUCCAAGGGGCUCCAGUAGCCAUGUUGAGAACGGCAAUGUGUCAAGGACGUGUCCACAAGCUCGCGGGACAGGGUCGAUUGUCAACCAGCUCUGGGUGGCCUCGAUCGUCGCCGGCAACUAUACUCAGUUCAACCUGACGGAAGCUCAACAGCUACAGCAGGCGUAUCUGGCUUCGACGCCGCCUGCUCGUCCGGAUCCUUCAGAGACAGAGGACUGCUUGUUUCUCGAUGUGUAUGUUCCGCAGGGCGUAUUCGAAAACUCGACAGGCACGAAUGGCACGAACAGUACUGGUCCAGGUUGGAAUGAUUACUCUAAUGGCACUUCAAUCAGUGGCGUUCCCGUGCUCAUCUGGAUCUAUGGCGGCGCAUACGUGGUCGGAAGCAAGAACACCGCUAAUGGAGCGGGCCUCAUUGAAGCCAGUCAGCUUGACGGAGGACCAGGUCUGAUAUUUGUAGCUCUCAAUUACCGACUUGGCGCUCUGGGCUGGAGCGGAGGACCGACACUCCAGGGUGCGGGAGGUGUAUCAAAUGCAGGCCUCUACGACCAGCGCUUGGCCAUAGAAUGGGUUGCCGAAAAUAUCCAUCUCUUCGGUGGCGACAAGAACCAGAUCACUAUCAUGGGAGAGUCAGCAGGAGGUGGCUCAGUGCAACAUCAAAUCACUGCCUAUGGUGGCCAGCAGCCAGUCUCCUUCCAGAGAGCAAUUUCGCAGAGUCCAGGCUAUGGUCCCACGCCCUCAGUCUACCAUCAAGAGACUCUAUUCCAGCAGUUUCUGACCCUAGCAAACGUCAGCAGCGUUGAAGAAGCCCGUCAACUCAACUCCUCGGCCGUCAUUCGCGCGAACCAGCAACAAAUCGCUGCAGGAGUCAGCUACAACCCUACCGUAGAUGGCAUCUUUGUCCCAGCACUACCGGCACUCCUUCUCAAUGCUGGCGCGUUCGCCAAAGAUGUCGAGGUUAUGGUCGGGCACAACGCCAAUGAAGCACCCGGAUUCACGCCACCAAAGACAGGCGCCAACUACAGUUCUGAGGAGAUCGCUUUAUACCUCUCCGCAUCGAUUCCGGGCGUCCAGGAUGCAGUCGUCGACACGAUUGUUGAAGAUCUCUACCCUGAGAUCUACGAUGGUUCCCAACCCUAUAAAGACAGUCUUCAUCGCGUCAUGCUCAUCAUCUCUGACGCUUAUUUCACCUGCAACACCAACUACCUCAACAAAGCCUUCAAAAAUCUCACAUAUGCGUAUGAGUUCCAGGUUCCGCCGGCUCUGCAUGGCCAAGAUGUCCGCUACACCUUUUACGAUGGUGGCGGCGACAACCCUUCACAAGGCCUGAUUGCGGCCAUAGCAGAGGUUCAUCAGGCUUACAUCGUAAAUUUUGCUUCGUCGGGCGAUCCGAACGGGCCUGAUCUGCCGGUUUUCCCUAUGCAAGGCAACAAUGCGUCCAUGAACGCGUGGAACGCCACUGCUGUGAAGACUGAGAGGGACGACACGGUCAAUGAGAGGUGUCGGUGGUGGCAGAAGUCUUUGUUUGCUUAA